UGCUCAUGGCUUCUUCUGGUUUAAUCAAGUGGUUCGAUUCGCUCUUCUCCCAUCCGAGUUCCCUGCUCGAGUCGUCCUCUUCCUCCGCUUCGUCUCGCCUCUUCGAGGAAACCCUAGCUCUCCGCCUCCGCUCCCUCCUCCCGGUUCCCUGCGAAUCCCCGGGUACGCCUAUACUCUGGCUCGCAAGCGCCCUCCGCGUGCUUUCCCUCACCCUAUCCGACGCCGCCGCCGCCUUCGUUGCCUCCGACUCCCUCGACUCCGAUGUCGAUUAUCUCGACUCCAGCGUCGCGUUGCUUGACGCCUGUAACGCCGUCUCCGCUGAGAUCGCGCGAGUGGAGCGCCGCCUGCUCUAUCUCAGACUCGCCCUCCGCUGCCUGACCCCCGAUGAGGACGGCCACGACGAGGAUCGUCCAAAGGGCAAGCUCCACUGCGCACGAAAGGCGGUCGCGGAGUGGGAGAGCAUCCCGAGCCGCGAGAUCGGGCGUUCUGCCGGCGAGCUGAUCCAUCGAAUGGCCCCGCGGUGCGCGGAGUCUGCUGCUCGCCGCCGCGUGACGUACGCGGCAGAGGAGGUUUCGCGCCUGGUGAUGGCGGCGGCGCUCGUGGCUCUCGGCGGAAGAGAGGGUAAAUCGCAAAUAGGCGAGAUGCGGGUUUCCUGCGAUUGUCCGUGGGCGGAGGCGUUCAACCAGGUCGCGGCGGCCGUUUCGGACCGACUAGGAGCGUCAUUACCGUUGGAGUUGGCAACGGUGGAGGCGGAGGUGGGGACACUGGCGAGAGGGAUCGAACGGGAGGACGUCGGAGACGGAGUGGUUGCGACAGUGGGGAGAGCGGCGGAGGAAUUGACGUCGGCAUUGGAGAAGCUGAGGGAGAGCGUGAACGGAGCGUUUCAGGCAGCGACAGGAACCAGGAAUGCGUUAUUGAACGGCCUGCGGGCUCGUAAUUGGAGCUAGAUUAGGGAAUCGUGAUUAUGCAUUAAACUGUGUUUAUGGGUGUAUUGGUUUGGACAGUUAAUGGAUACUUCCUUGAAUAUA